AUGUUAUUUGAUUCGUCAAAUCUCUUAUCAGCAAACGCCUCUCUACCUUUUUCUACUUUGGAAUCUUUGCUCCCCGCUAAAAUUUUGGGAAAAAAAGUUCAAUUGCAAAUCACGAAAAGUCUCCCGGCAGAUAAUCGAACGCGCGCUUGUUAACCACCGAAGUUUUCCAAACCUCGGAGCUAGAACUUUCUGAUGGAAAUAAAAGCGCUUCCGGUACGAACACAAAGAUGACGACGGCAUUGGCUGCGCAGCUUGCGCAGAUCGCUGCGAAUUCGAAGUCGACACUCGAUAUCAAAGCGCAAAAAGCUGCACAUUCAAAGUCGUUAAUAUUCGAGCCGCGAGUUGCCGCGUCACAAAAUUUCCAGACCCUAUAUAGUAUCUGCUACCAAGGAUUCGAAGACCUAUGUCAACUAGACUCGCGAUUCGCGCCGUUUGGUGCUACUCUAUUCAGCGAGCAAAGUCAAAAUGAGGACCGGACUCAAAUGAAUGCUGCUGAGAAUGCCGAGCUCGACAAGAAGAUAGACUCCUUCCUUCACUUAGCUGGUGCGCGGUUAAGGCUUAUGCCGACUAUAAAGGCUAUAGAAUGGCUUAUUAGGAGAUUUAGGAUUCACGAAUUCAACACGGCCAUGCUCAUUUCGACAUUUCUACCAUACCACACCAUUCCUGCCUUCGUAACUCUUCUAUCUAUCCUCCCUAGUACGAUACCGCAAGUGUACAAAUUUUUAGAUCCUUACGUUCGAUCCUUAACCCAGCCACCGAGAUCUGUCCUUGUUCAUCAGGCCACACAUCACCCUGACUUCCUCGCUGCCCUUUCGACAUAUACGCUGGAUGCAUGCAGGGCUCAGCAGCACUAUCCUGCUUUAAUAUCUUUCUGGGCCGGUAUUAUGACCGAAGCAGUGAAUGGUAUGCUGGACAGGAUGCGAUCCGGCCGCCGCAGUAUCCAGCGAAGUAACGAUCAGACUCUCCUGCACCAGAUUGGCCCAACUCUGAGCGACGCGUUAGUCAUGUACAAGGUCCCUAGUCUUCAAAUAGCUUGCUACAUGGUAAUAUCCGUGUUUGUGGCAAAGGGUGAUCUCGAUGAUGCUGCUAUUAGUGCACUGAUGGACCAGCUCGUUACCGGUUGGACUACCGAGUCUCUCCGUCCCGGUCUUGUCUGUCUCUCAAUCCUCGCGCAGUACCGUUCCGCGAAGCAAAUGUCAGGAAAGGUGACGAAGGCGCUUCUUAAAAUCCCAAAUCUAUCUAGUCUCCUGACUGAGAUUAGCAGAGAACAUAACAUAGGGAAAUUGGCAAAUGGCCUUUGUCUAGCUUUGGUUGAGAGGGCUCACAAGAAAGGUGACAUAAAGGGUCUCUCAGUUGUCGAGUCGCUGCUCUUGAGCCCUACUCUCAACGACCAACAGAGAGCGGUUAUUUUCAAGAGCCUAUUGUUAGCUGCUCACAAGGUCGAGGAUAAUAUCGAUGCGCAAGGAGAAGUGCGAAAGGCUCUUGCAUCCAUCAUCAUCAGACUCUCGCAAUUAGGCACGGAUUCUGGGAAAAUCUUCACCAAGGCGAUUAACGAGACAGAAAUCGAUGUCGAUGCUCUAGAAUUGAGGCUCGGCACUAAUCUUCAAGCGAGACGACUUGCGAUUGAGCCUCAACAAGAUGUUGCGAUGGUGGAUAAUGAAGUAUCGACAUCCGAGCCCGUCGAAGAUUUCAAAUCCGCUCUUCAGAGAGUGAGCAACCUAUCGACCUCGCCAUCCGAUUCAUGUCUACGGGCCAAUAUUUCUGACGUUUUCACGGACUUAUGUUCUGUUUUCGUUUCCGGUCUUACGGAGCCGGAUAGCCUCAAAGCUUUCGAGGAAUUGGCACCUAUACAGCAUAAAUUGGCAAACAACACCCCAUUCUUCCUCACGUUUCUUAUGAGAAUCUGGUGUGGGCCGUAUCCGGUGUUAGCUCGUGCCGCAGCUCUAGACAUGGCGAAACGACGCCUGAAAAGCAGCGAUUGCAAUAGCGUAGAUUUCCAGGCUCUUUUGCCAUAUACCCUUGCCGGGUUGAAUGACCCCUCGAAAAGAGUGAGACGAGCUGCCGCAGACCUAGUCGCUGUGCUUGAAAACUUAUUUCAAGAUCUGGUUAAAUCCGAAAACUACACACGCUGGGCCAGCGAUAAUCUGUAUGACAAUACAGAUGCAUCCAUUUGGACGACAGCAGAUGUCUGUCACAAACUUCUACGAAACGUCAUCACACCUAGCCUUGAGGAAUGCGUAUUGAGUGCCGAUUAUGUCGUCGAGGUCUUGCAAAGCGCAUUAAAUAGUAGUUCCAAAACCCCAACUGAUGAAAGCAAGGAGAAGAAAAGUCACCUGUCUCAUGGAACGAGACGCUCUGUUCUGACUUUUCUCGCUUCUCAUACGAUUCAUACGCCAUUAAUAACCCUCAAGGUUCGCCUUCUCGCACCUCUGAAUCAGGUAAAGGGCGUUUCAGGCACUACCCGUACCCAAUUGCUCUUACCACUACUCAAAUGGUGGUCUUCUUUGUCUUCUCAAGAUGCCACACGCAUUAGCUCUCAGGAGGGAGUAGAGGAGUCAGCUUUUGAUCAAAGCUGUGUUGAAGUCAUUCUUCCAAAUGAUAAGGAAGGUUUGGAGUUCUUGCUCAAUUUUGCAGCGUCUCAGCAAUUACUAACUAGAUCAAACCUCCUCCACGUCAUUUUCUCGCGCGUCCAAAGCCUAUGGCCCUCUAUGAAAACGGAAGCGAGGCAUAUGGUCGCUAAGCGUAUGCUUGAGUUGUCACAGAAUAGCCUGUCCGGUGAUAGGGACGCGGUUUCCAGUGAAGCCGCUAAUCUCCUAAGGAACGUUGAGCUCACAACUGAUAUACUCCUGUUCUUCCUGGAGUCUUUGCAACCGGCAGCUAAGAUGGCUACCGAACCCCCGUCCGGCAAAAGGAGGAGAACCAGUUCUUCAGAGGCUCAUCGAGGACUUGGCACGCAACCGACACCAGAGUUGAGCGCGGUGCUCAGACAAGUGACCUUUGUGUUGCAGCUCGUCGAGGGGUCCGAUCCUGAAAAGCACCCGGAACUUCUCAAUGCUCUUUUCAACGCUCUUUCUGAACUCCAACAUUUCAGGGUGCUCGUCGGUUCUGAACUUGGAUAUCUUCAGAACCUGAUUCUUCGAAGUUUAUUAGCUAUGGUCCCUGCAUAUAAGAACAACAAGGCGUUAAAGAUUGAUAGCACGGGUGGACAUGGUGAUCUCCUUGUCAAUUGCAUUCAGAAAUCAUCAAGUCCAUCGGUGCAAAAUACCGCUCUUCUUCUUGUCGCGCGUUUGGCAAAUGUUGCUCCGGAUUUGGUACUCAACAGUGUAAUGCCAAUCUUCACACAUAUGGGAGGUUCGGUACUCCGCCAGAGCGAUGAUUACUCUGCUCAUGUGAUCAACCAAACAGUAAAGGAGGUUGUGCCGCCACUCAUACAAUCCCUUCGCAAAGGCAAGAUCAGCCCGCUAGCAGGAGCUUCUGAGCUUUUGCUCAGCUUUGCGACCGCAUACGAACACAUACCAUCUCAUCGAAGACUUGGGCUAUUCGUAUCUCUUGUCGAGACUCUCGGUGCCGAUGAAUUCCUAUUUGCGCUGUUAGCCAUGCUUACGAAUAUGUAUGGCACUACCGACCAAGUGCUAUCAUUUGCUACCGAAGUUUUCAACUACUUCUCUGUUGAAGUUCAGCUCCAAUCCUUGAUCAAACUACUUGACCUCAUUGGAGACAUAUUCCAACCGAGACCUAAUCUCUCCGCUGUACUUCUUGGUACAAGUGAACAAGGUGACCGAGAUCCCCUCAAAAUCGGAUUUCGCCAGCUGGGCCUUGUUCCGCAUCUACUGUCUAGCAGGAAGCUUACCACGCAAAUUUCUAAGCUUGCCGAACGAGAUGACAUGGAAGCUUCCAAAGUCCGCGAGCUCUAUUCGACACUGCUAGAAAACCUUCUGGUUUUAGCAGACUCGUUAAAGCAGCACAAGAACCUGUAUAACCGCUGCAGUGAGGCGCUUUCGAAGCUUUUGGCCCUCCUUUCCAUUGGGGAAUUUAUUAAAGCUGUCGAAACACUUUUGGAUCGUCCCGAUGCCGUCUUGCGGCGGAAGGUUCUCCGGGCUGUCGAGGUUCGAAUCGACGAGGAGAGCCAAGGAGACGCUAACUCUAGGGCCUCCUUGCUCGCAUUCCUACCUCACCUGACGGCUAUCAUCAGAGUCUCCGAUGACAUGGCUUACAAGCACAUAGCUGUAGGCUGUGUGGACAAGAUCUCAGAGAAGUACGGAAAGAAGGACCCCGAAGCCGUUACCGCAGCUGCUUCGACGAUUGCCAGCGACAAAUGUCUGGGUCAAGACGAUGAUAAACUCCGCGUCAUGGCUUUACUCUGCCUGGCUUCCUUGGUCGACGUUCUCCAGGACGGUGUUGUACCUAUCCUGCCAUCUGCCAUCCCGAAGGCCCUCUCAUAUAUAACCGAAAGUCUUCAGACCGAACUACCUAGAGAAACACUCCACAACGCCAGCUACGCAUUCAUAGCAGCGCUAGCACAGCAUCUCCCCUACAUGCUUUCUGGUACAUAUCUAGGGCAACUUUUGGCAGUUUCCAGCAAGUCGGCUGGUUCUAAUCUCAGCAAUGAAGCGAAUAAUGCCAGGUUACAAUGCUUGCGAUUACUUGCUACACAGGUUGAUGCCAAGACCCUAUUUUCCGCCCUGGAACAAAACUGGGCCACCGCGAAAGACUCCGGUUCUGCUGCUACACGAGAAUACAUUAACGUACUCGGCGUUGCGAUUGACAAGCAUUCAAAGGCAGAUAUCUCCAAGAAUGCCGGUUCCCUUACGGGUAUAUUCUUCAGUGCCUUUGACCUGCGUAGACUGGAGCUGUCCAGGGCCGAGGUUAGCGAGGAUUUCUUGCGGCAAAUUUCCCGUAUUGAAGAAGCUACAAAUGAUGUUGCCCUGAAGAUGAUAUACAAGCUUAACGAUGCAGCGUUCCGGCCCAUCUUCUCACAGUUGAUGGACUGGGCUGUCUCACUACCAAAGAAGGAUACUACAGGCAGACACCUCCGUCUCCUGAGUGUUUACAGUUUCCUUUUAUCCUUCUUCAGCAGCCUGAAAUCCAUCGUCACCAGCUACGCAUCAUACAUCAUCGACAGUGCCGUCGAUGUUCUCCGUACUGCAAGUCUGAAAAAAUCAGAGGAACGAGACUUAUGGAAGAAAGUGUUGCAUACCCUCGCCAAGACUUUCGAGCAUGACCAAGAUGACUUUUGGCAAGCUCCAGCACACUUUAACGCAAUAGCGCCUACUCUAGCUGCUCAGUUCUCUCAUGCUUCUUCUGUCAACUUAGUAGAGGAUCUUAUUCCUGCUAUCGUUGAACUUGCUGCCGCUGCCGAUUCCCAGGAGCACCAGAAAGAGCUCAACGGUACCUUACUGAAGCACUUGCGUUCGGAGCAGACGUCGAUCCGCCUUGCAGUUGUUAAAUGUGAACAGGCUCUUACAAGUAGGUUAGGCGAGGAAUGGUUGUCCAUGUUGCCAGAGAUGCUCCCUUACAUCAGCGAGCUGCAAGAUGAUGACGAUGAGGAUGUGGAGCGUGAGACGCACCGCUGGAUCGUAGGAAUUGAGGGUGUAUUAGGGGAGAGUUUGGAUGCUAUGUUACAGUAAAGGGUCUAGUUAAACCAUAAUUGAAUAAGACUAGUUGUUUCAA